AUGUGGGACUUGACGAACCAUCACUGUUUUGCCACACUCACUGGACAUUCGGGUCCAGUAUGGGAUUUCGCCGUAUCUCCCGAUUGUCAGCUUCUCGUCAGUGGUGCCGCUGACGCUCAGCUACGUGUGUGGCGUUUGUCUCAUUCAACUCAUGACGAAUGUGAAGUUCCAACUGCCCCAGUUGCAAUGCAAUCGGAAAACCCGGAUAGUCUAAUAGUGCCGUUAACACAGCAUCGUUCUCUGGUAUGCGCUGAGUUCUUAGGUUCUGUUCAGCGUAACGGAUCACGUCGGGUGCACACUUUGUGUUUCGAUGGUACAGGAACGUUUCUCAUCUCACAGUCCUUCGAAAGAAACUUGGAAAUUUUUCGCCUCCUGGACCAAGGCGCUCAGGCCAAGCGUCUUCGGAAGAAAGCUAAAAAAGCCAAAGGAAAAGGAAGCCCUCCGGAAGAAGUGAAAUUGGAAAUCAAUGAUAUCCUACGUCCGAUACUUCGCAUCACUCUACCCGCUAAGGUAUCGAGUUGCGCUACACUCUCAGCCCGACCGUGGUGGAAAAAUGGUGUCGUGUGCGAGCAACGGUUACGGCGUGCUCAGUCGAAUUGGGUAUCAUGGUGCAUGUCAUCAGACUCCAUGGAAUUAGAAAUCUUGCAAGGGUGGUUUCUGUGUGCUCUGAAAAACAAUGCAGUCGAGGAAUUGGAAGCGAAUUUGCCGGCUACCGGUUCCUCAAAAGUACAAACAGUACAAAUCAGUCGGGGUUCUGCGAAAAGCAGUUGUGUUCGUCUUUUGAAUGAAAUCAGUGCUCCGGGUCAUCGAACAGUGCCUAUCGCCUGCGCAUUGACAUCAGAUGGACUGGGAGUAUUCACAUUGGCUCGCACGGAAGCUAAAUUAUGGAGUCGGUAA